AUGGGCCAUUUGCUUUCGCAAAUGGCAGGAUGUUGCGAGACUAAUGUAUUGUUAGGACAAUGUCAGGUCUGUGUUCCUCUGCCGUCGAUCGAUUUGCGGAUGAAAAUGCUGUCGCCGUCCCUAUGCUUGCUUUUCGUGGUGUUCACUUUGUUUUAUCAUUGGUCAACGACGAAGUUUCAUGUUGCUCUGUCGUCGAUCAAAAACGCUACUGUUUUGGUUGCUGCGUUCGCUUGUCAUUCGCUAUCCGUUGCAGUCAUCGAUCGGUUGGAAGAUGAGUAG